AUUGGUUGAAGAGGAUUCUGGAUCUGGUAAUUACAUGAACACAGAGUGCCUUAGUGCCUGGGAGAAACAUCACAGAAAACAUAAUGGUUAAAUUAUAAUGAUUUCACGCUAUUAAAAACAGAAAGCAGGGAAAGAAGGGCAUAUUGGACAUAGCUAAAGCCUAUGAUAGGGUGGAAUGGAGUUUCUUAGAGGGUAUUAUGCUAAAAUUGGGAUUCCAUGAGGAGUGGGUUCAUUUAAUCAUGCAAUGUAUGUCUACUAUCACCUAUUUAGCUUUGAUAAAUGGACAUCAGACUGAGAUCAUUAAGCCCUCGAGAGGUCUAAGACAGGGGGAUCCUAUCUCUCCCUACCUGUUUCUUCUAUGUGUUGAAGGGCUGCCAGGUUUGACAAAAAGAGUAGUGGAGGAAGGGAAACUACGAGGGAUCAAGGUGAGUAGCAAUGGCCCUAUGAUUCCACACUUUUUCUUUGCAGACGAUAGUAUAUUCUUUUUUAGAAGAAGAAGGAGGAAGGAGAGGUGCUGAGGGAUAUUCUACAAAUAUUGAGAAAGCUUCAGGACAACAACUUAGUCUUGCCAAGUCUAAACAGUCUUUUAGUACGAAUGUCACAGAGGUAGAUCGAAAGGAAAUGGCUGAAUCAUUGGGGGAUGAGAACUGUAAUGUAUCAUGACAAAUACUUGGGACUCCCAACGGUAAUUGGUAGAGCAAAGAAAGCUGUAUUUUCACAGCUCAUUGAUAGAGUGCGCAAUAUGAUCAAAAUGUGGAAAGGGAAGCUUCUUUCAAAUGCUGCUAAAGAAAUACUGAUUAAAGUUGUGGCACAAGCGCAAACACUUUAUGCCAUGUCAAUGUUUCUGAUCCCUCUAGGAGUGAUCCAGGAAAUUCAGAGUAUGAUAGCUAGUUUCUGGUGGGGUAAGAAACGGGAAGAGAAGAUGAUUCACUCGAUGAGUUGGGAUAAGCUAUGUCGACCAAAGUAUGAGAGAUGUAUGGGUUUUCAAAACCAACAUGGAUUUAACAUUGCGUUGCUUGGAAGACAAGUAUGGAACCUACUCCAAAAUCCAAACACCCUAGUGGAAUAAGUACUCAAAGCCAAUUAUCAUCCCCAUUGUGACGUUCUGGAAGUUGAGAUAGGCAACAACCCUAGUUAUAUUUGGAGGAGUCUAAUGCAAGCUCUAACACUUGUUAGAAAGGGUACAAGGUGGAGAAUAUGGGAUGGGGAGAGUGUGAGAAUAUGGUGGGAUCGCUGGAUCCCAACAGCUGCUGACUACAGAGUACAGACACAAGUUUCUAGAUUGGGCAUCACUGAAAAGGUAUCGAAAUUAAUUGAUCAGGACACUCGAUCUUGGAAAAGCAAUCUUCUGCAAGCAAACUUCCAACCAACAUAUCGAGACCGGAUCAAUCAAAUUCCAAUUCCUUUUCACCCCAGGGCAGAUAUGAGGGUCUGAGGCAAGGAGAAGUUUGGGAAAUACUCAGUUCGUUUAGGUUAUAAAGAAUGGACGAGGAAAUAGGUGAGUGAUCAGGUGGAAAGCUAUGUCCCAAUCGAUUGGAAACACCUAUGGACGCUGCAAUUACCUACAAAGGUUCGAGUUUUGUUUGGUGAUAAGGCAGUAACAUACUACCUACAGGAGCAAACCUCAGUAGAAGAAUCCCAUAGGCACAUGAUGAAUGUCCCUUCUAUGGAUUGGUGGAAACUCAAGAACACAUAACUAGGGAUUGCGACUGGGCAAGUCGAGUUUGGAGACCUAGCAAUUUGGCGAAGUAUUUCUUGAUGGGAGAAGGAAAAAACUACGAGAAAUAGCUCUGUAACCUAAUCGAGGGCACAAACAAGGAAGAACUAUAUGCGGUGCUAAUCACCCUAUGGUUUCUCUAUAAAGAGAGAAACAACCAUUUAUUCAACAAUGCAAAACUAGAGGAAUGAGAAGUGGUGACGAGGGCUCAGCCCUACCUGGAAUAAUAUCAACAACAGCAGAUCCAUGGAGUGAAGGACCCCUCUGUGAAGACCCGUUUAGGGUGGGAACCUCCGCCACAAGGGUCUUUCAAGUUGAAUAAAUGUUGCGAUCUUGGAUGAGGAUGGGACUGGGUACGGGCUGAUUAUCCGCGAUGAUGAGGGGCAAUUCCAGGUGGCAGCGGUUCAUCGUACAAGGACGAAGUGGCCACCGGAAAUGGCUGAAGCACUUGCCCUUCUCUAGGGACUGAGGCUCGUCAAAGCGCACCAAUUCCUGCCGCUGCUCAUGGAGACGGACUGCAAAUCGGUGAUUCAAAAGUUCGAUCAAAAGGAGACUACGAUCUGGGAAGUUGAGGGGAUUUGUGAUUAAAUCAGGGAGCUGGCUCGGGAGGAUUGAAAUGUUCUUUGGCGAUUCUAGGGGAGGAAAGGAAAUGAGAGCACUUACGCGAUGGCGAGAGUGCGUUGUCGACUAGAGGAGACGGAAGUUUGGUUUAAUCGUCCUCCAAUUUUUUUAGUACCCCAAUUAUUAGCUGAUGGCUCUGUAACAUGAAUUUAAUUAAUCAAUACAUGCCAGUUAUAAAAAAGUAUUCUCAAUAGUUAGUGGGAAUUUUGCACUAUGAAGGUAAUUAUGUCGUCAAUUAUCUCGUUAAGAGACUUUUUUUUUUACUACUUGUAGUUUCCACCUUGUAGAUUGUAAGGAGAGCCAAAGUUCAUGCACCGAACUAUGAUAUGUUGGGGUUUUAGGUAUAAUAUGCCCCUCUACUAUGACGUUUUAUCAAACAUGCCCCUCUACUAUUUUUUACAUCAAACAUGCCCCUGUAAUUUGGAAAAACUAUCAAACAUGCCCUCCAGUUGAAAUUUUCAUUGAAAAAAAGCGUCAAUCAUGGUUGAACCGAGAUUUAGACGACCUGACAUCGAUAAAUAGGAGGGGAAAUGUCAGUUUUGACCUUGCUUUAUUUUUCUAGGUCUCAUCAAAGUGAAAUUAUUAUAAUUAUUUGGCAAUACAAAAGAACAAAAAAAAAAACUCUAACGUGAAAUUAUUAAAGAUAUAUUAGAUAUUUGGGUCGCUCAAACCAAAGUUCGGUCUUGGUUAACGGUUUUUGGAUGGAAAUUUUAGCAAAAAGACAUUGUUUGAUAAGUUUUCCAAAGUACAGGAGCAUGUUUGAUGUAAAAAAUAGUAGAGGGGCAUGUUUGUUAAAACGUCAUAGUAGAGGGACAUAUUAUACCUAUAACCCUUUUAAAUCUUGUACCAUUAAUGUAACAAGUUAGGCAUCAUUUACACUUUUUUUUUCAAAAAAAAUGUAUAAAAACUAAAAUAUGAAUUGAUUAAAAUAAUUAAGGAGUU